GACUGACGUCACAACAUGGCGGAUUUGGUCUUAUCAGUACAUUUUUCAUCAAUUGUGGGCCAAAUAUCGCGUAAAAGUGGCACUUUUCGAAGAAUUCUCUUUGAAUAUGUGAAAUUUUAGAAAACUGACCAGAAAAAAUGAAUUCUCCGUCGAAAAUACUUCAGUUUUGCUGCAUUUUAAUCUAAAAUUAUAUUUAACCGCGGAAAAAAAAGCAAAAAGUAGUACUUUUUCAGGAUAUUUGGCCCGCAAUUCACUGAUAAGAAGCGACAUCGGCUCGAAAUUGGCCUCUUUUUUACUGAUAAGAACCAAUAAAAGCUGUCCGCCAUUUUUUCCUAGUAUCGUCUAUGCCGGUUAAUUUUAAUUUAUGACCAAUUCAUUGUUGGAAAUAUAUUUUGGUAAAAUAUGUGCGUUGUGUCAUUCUUAAAAUGACAACUUUAACUUUGAAAGAGCAAGAACAAUCUAUUUCCAAAGGCAAAAAGAAGCUGAAUAAAGCACCCAGUAAAAUAGUGUUAUGCAGUCCUUUUGGAAAAUAUUGGCCCUCGUUAAGUGCUGAAGAUUCUGAUUCUGUUGCAAAACUUCUUUCGUCAACACUCAUUCGUGAAAAACCAAAAACGAAAAUACCGUGGAGAAAAUUGUCUAAAUCUCCAAAAUCAAUACGGAUACAACAAACUCAAGAAUAUCUCCAACAGUUCCCUCCAUCUGAAGAAUUACUGCAACAGAGAAAAAUCAUAAAAUUUGGUUUAAAUACUGUCUCCAGAGCUAUUCAAAAUUCAAGAAUUAGCUCGUGCAUAUUAGCUGGCGAUGUGGAACCUGAUGUGAUACUCAAACCAAUAAUUUCGUUGGCUGUAAUUGGAAAUAAACCUGUGAUUAUUCUACCAAACAUGAGACAGCUUACCAAUAAAAUAAUAGGAUUUCCUUGCUCAGCCUUGGGAAUCGAGUUACCAGAUGAGAAACAUUCACAGUACAAGUUAUUGAAUGAUGUGAUCGUAGAUUGUUGGAAAAAAAUUCCUCUACCGCCUAAUGCAGAAAAUCGAUCUAAAAAAAUUGACGAUAAUGUAAAUCAAGAUGAAAUAUUGUAUAAUAUCGCAGAUAAAACUAAAGAAACUGUUGAGCCAAACGAUGUGUAUUUGUACCGCGAAUCUACUAAUGUUAGAGCUUUCCAACCACCUGCCAUCGAUAGUAAAACUACAGAAAAACUCAUCAGCACUGCAUUGGAUUUCAUGUCAUUGGAUGUUAGUAAAGAUCAACGGACGUAUAUUCCUGCAAAUCUUAAACGAUCUUUAAAAACUGAUAAAAAUCGCAAAAAACGUAAAAUCAACGAAUAAUGUGAUUUUUUAAAUUUUAUUAAUUAAUUUAUGACCAAUGGUAUUCAAAUUAUUUUAAUACAGCAAUGUUGGGAUAAUUUUUGAAAUAAUUCCACUCGUACACGAAUGUAUUAUGAAAAUACCAAUACCGUAACAAUGAUAAUGUUAAUUUAAAAUAAAUGUGUUUGAGAUAAAAUCACCGAAGAAAUAACUUUUAAUUUUUUAUCUGAAAGCUGAACGAAACGUAUUAACUGGUCGAUUAACAUUUUUCGAAUCUAUCAUGUAUUUUUUUCGUAGAAAUUGAUCGCUAAAUAUCGUACGAAUUAUAUUCGUCGGCGUACAAAAUAAGUUGCAUUUUUUUUUCCAGCGAUGAAUU